GAGAAAGGCAAGAAAAACAAAUUGUUCAUAAUAUUAUAGACUUGGUAUAAAAGCAAGCAGAGGGUCCAAGAAUCUCAAUAUAGAUAAUUAAAAGAGAUACAGCAGGAUUGAUUAAGAGAGCUACCAACCAACUACAUACCUGUAUAGGCAUAGUUUCAAACUGGGGGGAUUAACUUCAAUAUUUGAAAGUAGUUCAUCUGGUGCAAUGGCUGAAAAACAACAACCAAGUGGACUUGAAGUCCAUGAAUUAUCAGACGACCCCUUAGAAUGUUGGGAGGAAGUAAAGAAGACACAACCGGUUCAAGAGAAAGUUGAGCCGAUGCCUCUUGAUACUCCUAUAUACCCAGAUAAGGUAAGGUUUGUUGUUGUCUCAGACACAGAAGGGAAAACAUGGCCACUCAGAAGGAAGAUUCCUCCCGGUGAUGUACUGUUGCAUUGUGGGGACAUGUCAUGGGACGGGGACCCGAAUGAAAUCAUCCGCAUGAAUGAUGAUCUGGGCAAUGCCCAAGAUCAUCCGUUCAAGAUAUGCAUAGCAGGAAACCAUGAUUUGACCUUUGACCCUCAUUUCUGGUGGCCUAGGAUUGGUUGGCAGACAUGUGGUGAUAGAUGGGGAUUAGAUGUCGAGGCUUGUCAUGAAUGGAUCAGAAAAGACUAUGGCUGUGAACAGAUGCAUGAGUUAUUAUCAGAACAUGGGAAUGCCAACUGGACGUAUCUUUUUGAUAGUGCAACAGAGGUGUAUGGCAUCAAAAUAUAUGGCUCCCCUUGGCAACCUAUUUUUGGCUGGUGGGCAUUCAACGAGCGCCGUGGUGAUAGAAUCCUCUAUAAAUGGGACAAGAUUCCAGCUGAUACAGACAUCCUAAUGACACAUGGACCACCUUUAGGUUUCUGUGAUGAGACUAGGGGCAAGGACAGAGCUGGUUGCGCUGAGCUGCUAACCACGAUACAGAAACGAGUCAAACCAAAAUACCACUGCUUUGGUCAUAUCCAUGAAGCUUAUGGUCAGAUGACUGAUGGCCAAACAACAUUCAUUAAUGCUGCAACCUGUAAUCUAGACCGCAAACCAGACAACCCUCCUGUUAUAUUCGACAUGCCCCUCCCACCAGGCAAAACAAAGGAAGAAUACGUCGAGGAAAAAAAGAAAGCUGAUGUUCUUAAAAAGGAAGCUUGGGAAAAAACAAAACAGGAGAGAAGAAAAAAGUGGGCAGAACAAAGAGCAGCAGGAACUUACAGAUGUUAUACACAUUAGUCUGGUGAAUUAAACAUUAACCAAGUGUAAGCUUUGUGCUCUGAUAUUAAGCAUGAGUCUGAUUUGUCAAACUGACACAAUGAGCAUUACAUUUAAAUAUUUCACCAUAAUACUUUUUAGUCUACAGUAAAAAUCAUGCAAAAAUUUUAAAAUGCAAUUAAUUUUGUAAACCACAGUGGAACCUGCUUAGUGGAAC